UGUAUCAUCGGGUUGUAUUCUAUCCCACGUGAGACUUUGAAGCAAUGUUUUUAUUGCCUUAGAAAGUUCCUUGUAGACUUAUUUGUUAUUUUUGCAAUCAAUUAACCGAAUACACUUCGAUACCACUCAAAAAAUGGCCAAAGCUAAAAAAGAAAGAAAAGGAAAUUCUGAAAAUGUAUAUUCCAAAAAGGCAAAAUUCAAUGCCUUCUCUUCAUCCCGACCUGCAAAGAAGAUAAAUCCUUUCGAGGUGCACAUAAAUAAAGAAAAGUUUAAUAUCCUAGGCCGAACUUGCAAGCAUGACAAAGGCUUACCAGGAAUAUCAAGAGCCAAGGCGGUGCAGAAGAGAAAACGAACACUUGGCGAAGAAUUUAUGCAAAAAAAUAAAAGUAAUGAAUUUAAAGACAGACGCAUUGGAAGCAAUUCAGAAGUCAUAAACGAUGAGCUACUUAAUGCUCGUUUCGUUGCCGAGAAGAUGUCAAUGUUUAAGAAAUCAAGUCGAUUCAAUUUAAACGACGAUGAAGUUCUAACCCAUCGUGGCCAGACUUUGGAGGAAAUCGAACAGUUCCAUGACAACAGAUCUGAUGAUGAUAUGGAGGAUGAAGAUGUUUUAGAUGCAAACUUCACAAAAGCUGCCCAUUUCGGUGGCGAAGAUUCGCAGCAAGAUCGCAAAGCAGCCAUAGAAGAAAUGAUUGCGGAAACCAAACUUCGCAAAGCCCAAUCUGCUAAGGAAAAAGAUGAAAUCUUUGAAUUGACUAAAAAACUUGAUAGUAAUUACAAGGAUCUUAUUCCACUUGUCGGUAAAUUUAAUAAAUCCGAAGAUAUUGUAAAAAACAAACCUGAUGACUACGAUAGAGCUCUGCGUGAAAUGGUUUUCGAACCCAGGGGUGCAGUGAGUGAUAGGCUGGUAUCUGAAGAAGAACUAGCAAAGCUCGAAAAAGAACGUUUAAUUAAACUGGAAAAUGCAAGGCUAGCGAGAAUGCGGGGAGUUGAAAACACGAACGAGAAACAGAAUCAUCGGUCUGCAGAUGAUCUGGAUGACGGAUACUUAGUGGGAUCUGAUGGCGAGGAAAAUGGGAUACUAGCUUACGAUUUAAACGGUGAAUCACUAACAAAUAAUCACAGCGAACCUACUCCUGAAGAUGAAAACAAAACUGAUGCACUGGACAAUAGAGAAAGUGAUGAGGAAAUAAGUGAAAAUGAUUCUGAAACUGAAAAUGAUGAUGACGAAGAUGAUUUAAGUGAUCUUAAAGAUCCAGAUAUCGAAUCUGAAAGUGAAGAACUUUCCUCAAAUGAAUGUCAACAAGCUAAAACAGUGAGCAAUGCAGUCGGUUCCGAACCACGCAACAAAGUAAUUAAACUUCCCUUUACAAUAGAAAUGCCUUCAAGUUACGAAGAGCUUAAAAAACUUCUUAGCAAAUACAGUGCCGACGAACAAGGUAUUUUAGUCGAACGUAUUAUAAAGUACAACCAUCCCAAAAUAGAACCCAAAAAUAAGGACAAAAUAAGUAAACUUUUUUCGUUCCUUCUUCAAUAUGUACAUGAUCUUUUUGCCAGUGCAUCCAUUAAGGACGUAAACAACUCAUUUCUAGUCAUAAAUAAACUUAAUCCUUUUUUAUACGACUUAAUGCACUUGGAUCCAGAAAUGACUUCAACUUGCAUAGUUGAUGUCAUUCAGCAAAAAUACUCAGAGUAUAAAAAGCACGAAAAACUAUACCCAUCUUUGGACACCCUGGUAUUUUUCAAAAUUGUAUCAAAUAUGUACACAACUUCUGACUAUCGGCAUUAUGUAGUAACUCCUUGCUACAUUUUUAUGAGCCACAUAUUGUCCAAAGCUCGAGUACGAACAAGGCAGGAUAUUGCAAUGGGGCUGUUCUUAGUGACGUUGGUGUUAGAAUAUUCUCAUUCAUCACAACGCUUUCUUCCAGCAGCCUUAAAUUUUCUCCUAGGUGUUAUAUAUCUGUCCAUUCCAAAGAGAGCAAUUGAAAAGUUAAAAACAGUACCACCUUUUAUGUCGACGGGACCUUUCAAUAAAAUCUUGGCUAUGAAUAAUGACACGAACGAGAAAUUGAUGGAAGCGGAAGAUGAAAGUCUCCUUAAAGCAGAAGAUUUCGUAACGGUAACAAUUUCUCUAGAUUUUAAAAUUCGUGCACUUAACGCAGCUCUAAUACUAACCAAAGAUGCGAUCGAAGGAGUUUCAGAAAAUAUUGGUUCAAACUAUUUAGCUGAGACAUUUGUUCCCAUGAUGGAACGAAUAAAUCUAGACUCGUAUCCACAAUACAUCAAAUCUAGUUUUGAAAAAACAAUGGGCACUCUUUCAGCCGUGGCUGGUAAACCAUUGAAAAAACUUAUGCCGCCUGAGAAGAAACCUAAAGCUCUUCGUCUACUUGAACCUCGCAUAGAAAAGGUCUACGACGAUAAGCGUCGACCGAAAAUAUCUAAAGCAAAGGAAGAAAAGGUGAAAUUAAUACAUAAAAUUCGGCGGGAAACUAAAGGUGCAGUACGAGAAAUUCGCCGAGAUACUGAGUUCUUGCAAACAAUACGUAUCAAUCAACAGAUACAAAGUGAUCGCGAGCGAAAGGAGAAGGUUAAACGGAUAUACAUGGAAGCUUCAGUUCAACAAGGAGAGCUCAAUGAACUCAGCAGACAAAAAAAGAAAAAAUAGAAAGUGUACUUUUGUUUCAGAAUUUUAUUUGAAUUUAAUUAAAAUGUACACUAUUUGUAUAUUAA